CAUCUGUAAUAUCUGUUCUCUCAGCUUGAUAACAGGAGCAGCCCUUGUUUUAUAAAUUUCAUUCUAUGGAAGGCGCUGGAUACUCCGUGAGUAAACGUAAACCAGAGAUAAAGAAGACAAACAGUGUUAGAUUUGAUGAUGAAGUGAAAGUUGGCACUGAGAAACCGAAUAAUUCUAAUUACAUGAUAGAAGAAAUGCCAAGAAGAUCUUCCAUAAAUGUCUUACGCAAUAAAUUCUUUCGUACUGUCUGGGCAACAAGAAAUACAGUAAAUGCUAGUGAUCGACGAAUUUUCAUCAGUACUACAUUAAGAGAAUUAAUACUAUAUGUAAUCUUCUUAACAUUACUACUAAUAAUUGCUCUGAUGUCAUUGAAUUCAUUGGCGUAUUUUUAUUAUACAAGUAUAUACAAUCUGUUCAUCCUAUCGAAGAAUCCUGCAGAUGAUAAUACAAGACCAUUUCAAAGUAUAAAAGAUCAAACAUCUAUGUGGGCAUAUAUUAAAGGUCAACUAUUGGAUUCAUUAUAUUGGGAUACAUGGUAUAAUCAAUUAAAUGUAUCAAUCAAUGAAAGAGGCUUUAUUGGUCAUGAUAAUAAAAUAUUAGGCGUUCCACGUUUACGUCAGCUUAGAGUAGAUCCAUCAAAGUGUAAAACACAAAGUACAAUGCGAACUGUUAUCCAGAAAUGUUAUCCAGCUUAUAGUACAGAUGCAGAGUAUAAAGGUCCAUUAGAAGUACAAGGCAAUAUAACACCAUAUUAUACAAAAAACGCUUGGAACUUUAGUGAUGCUAGUGUGACUGGUGCUACUGGCUUUUCUGCCCCAUAUGGUUAUUAUGAAGGCUCUGGUUAUAUACAAGAUUUGUCGAAAUCACGUAAUAUAACAGAAGCUAUACUGGAUGAGUUGUUUCAAGGAAGAUGGAUAGAUCAAGCAACUCGUGUACUGUUUAUUGAUUUUACAGUAUAUAACGCCAAUAUUAAUAUGUUUAUGAUAGUAAAAAUCACAUUUGAAAUGCCAGAAUCUGGAGGAAUAUUCGGGAGUUGUGAAAUUCAACCAGCUAAAUUACUUCGUUAUCAAACAUCGUUGGAUUACUUUGUUUUAGCCUGUGAAAUAAUGUACCUAGCAUUCCUUGUGUAUUAUAUUAUUGAAGAAAUAAUUGAAAUUUCAGUGAAACGUUGGAAAUACUUUUUAAGUGUUUGGAAUCUAAUGGAUGCUGCAAUGAUUAUUAUCAGUUUAAUAUGUGCUGGAUUCCUAAUAUAUAGUACUCUAAUUGUUGAAAAGAAUAUGGCUACUUUAAUUAAUGAUGUCAACUCAUAUCCAAAUUUUGAUUAUCUUGGCUAUUGGUAUGGUCAUUAUAUAAGAGCUAUAGCACUGUGUGUAUUCUUGGGGAUAAUUAAGAUAUUCAAAUACUUAACUUUUGAUAAUUCACUGAAUCAACUAACAAAUACUCUGAGUAACGGGGCUUACGAUCUACUUGGAUUUCUUGUCAUGUUCUGUAUCGUUUAUUUUGCUUUUGCACAAUUGGGUUAUUUAGCUUUCAGUGCAAAAACCGUAGCAUACAGCUCAUUCACUCAAACCACUUACUCCUUAUUUCGUAUAAUGGUUGGUGAUAUUGACUUCCCGUCAAUUUUACAGGCUCAUCCUGUUUUGGGACCAUUAUUUUUCGUCACUUUCAUCUUCUUUGUAUUCUUUGUACUGCUGAAUAUGUUUCUGGCUAUAGUUGAUGAAUCAUAUAAAGCAACGAAAGCAGAAUUAAUUAAACAAAAGAAUGAUUUAACAUUGGGUCAUAUACUUAAAAAAAAAGCUAAAGAUGUAGUUAAACGAGUUCAGAAGAAACGAUCCAAAUCAAUUGUACGCAUACUACGUGAAAGUGGACUUAUGGGUCUUGAAAUGUUACCAUAUGAAUACUAUCGUGUAGCAUUGAAAAAUCAUGGUUACAGUGAUGCGGAAAUCUUUUCAACUUUUAUUAAAUACGAUGAAGAUGGUGACAAUAAUCUAAGCUUGUCAGAACAGCAACAAUUGGCGUAUGAAAUUCAAAUGGGGCUAAUCUAUAAAAGUGUUGAUCCGACUGACGAAGGCAUUGUAAUGGACGACGACCUUACUGGAGACUCAUUGAAAUCAAGGGAAGAUGAAGACCAUUAUGUUGAUCCAGAGGACUACAAUGAACUGGUUCAGAAUGUUGAUAUUAUGGAAGCUACUCUUGUCUCGAUUAUAACACGUAUAGAUGAAUUGAUAGCAAGUCUAGAACAAAUUGAAUUAGCAAAACGUGAGCAUAGAAAUCAACUUAGUGGAAUAAUUAAAGAUAUGACUCAAGGAGCACAAUUCACAUGAAAGUAUCUUUUCAUUGUCUUUACUAAAUAUCACAGAUAUGAAUUUCUUUGAAAUGAAACACAUUAAAUUCCAAUUAAUUACACAACAACAAAAAACUAAAUUUAAAACGCCAUUUGAAAUAUGCUUAAUAAAUUUUUCGACAUAUAUGUAAAACUUUUUCACUCUGGUAUCAAUGCAAUUUCAUAUCAAUAAUUUGUUUACUGAAUACAUAUUACA